GUAAAGGAAUACGUACUAACACCCUGGACCAGAGCUAAGGUGUUAGUAAAGGAAUACGUACUAACACCCUGGACCAGAGCUAAGGUGUUAGUAGAGGAAUGCCUACUAAAGACCCUGGACCAGAGCUAAGGUGUUAGUAGAGGAAGAACCUACUAAAGACCCUGGACCAGAGCUAAGGUGUUAGUAGAGGAAUACGUACUAACACCCUGGACCAGAGCUAAGGUGUUAGUAAAGGAAUACGUACUAACACCCUGGACCAGAGCUAAGGUGUUAGUAAAGGAAUACGUACUAACACCCUGGACCAGAGCUAAGGUGUUAGUAGAGGAAUGCCUACUAAAGACCCUGGACCAGAGCUAAGGUGUUAGUAGAGGAAGAACCUACUAAAGACCCUGGACCAGAGCUAAGGUGUUAGUAGAGGAAUACGUACUAACACCCUGGACCAGAGCUAAGGUGUUAGUAGAGGAAUAUGUACUAACCCUGGACCAGAGCUAAGGUGUUAGUAAAGGAAUACGUAUUAACACCCUGGACCAGAGCUAAGGUGUUAGUAAAGGAAUACGUACUAACACCCUGGACCAGAGCUAAGCAGAGCAGCGGGAGGAAGCAGGACGUGUGGAAAAGGAGUCAGCGAACCACACAGAGAGAGAAAAAGCCUACUUAAGCUAGGAGCCGCCCCCUUUCUCUGACAUGCCCAGUGUCCUGUCUGUGUUAUGGAACAACAUGUAACGCCCUGCGAGGAUGCGCCCCCACCGCUGAUGUACCGUGUGGAACGGCCUGUGUUCGAUGAGGCCUACCUCCACACCCAGCUCCUGCACCCGAGAGAGAGGAGCCCCAAGACCAUCAGACAGAGACUAGCACAGCAGCUCCACUGCUCAUCAGAGAGGGCCAAAGCCAUUGCUCUGAGCUUCCUGCCCAUUUUAACAUGGCUGCCGUCCUACCCUGUCAAAGAGUACCUGUUUGGGGACCUGGUCUCAGGCCUCAGCACAGGGGUCAUGCAGCUACCUCAAGGUCUUGCCUAUGCCAUGCUGGCUGCCGUGCCUCCUGUGUAUGGCCUGUACUCCUCCUUCUACCCCGUCCUGCUCUACACCUUCUUUGGGACUUCUAGACACAUAUCUAUAGGCACGUUUGCGGUGAUCAGCCUGAUGAUUGGAGGAGUGGUGGUGAGGGAGGCCCCUGACUCCAUGUUCACGAUCCAGGCCCUGAAUGGUACCGCCACCAACACCACCGUCUUCAUCGACACAGAGGCCCGCGAUGCCAGGAGGGUCCACGUAGCCGUAGUCCUCACCACCCUGGUGGGAGUCAUACAGCUGGUCCUGGGGCUGUUGCGGUUUGGCUUUGUGGCCAUCUACCUCACGGAGCCCUUGGUACGCGGAUUCACCACGGCCGCGGCUGUUCACGUCUUCAUCUCUCAGCUGAAAUACCUGCUGGGCAUCCAGACCCCGCGCUUCAGUGGGCCCCUGUCCGCUCUUCACAGUGUCACGGCCGUGUUCAGUGACAUCACCAGCACCAACGUGACCACGUUGAUUGUGGGCGGGGUCUGCAUGGUGGUCCUCUACUGCGUGAAGGACCUCAACGAGCGCUUCAAGAAGAAGCUGCCUGUGCCCAUCCCAGGAGAGAUCAUUGUGGUCAUGGUCUCAACGGGGAUCUCCUAUGGCCUCAGUCUGUCAGAGAACUACCAAGUGGACGUGGUCAGGACAAUUCCAUCCGGGCUGCUCCCACCUGCAAUCCCAGACUUCUCUCUGUUGCCCAACUUGGUAACGGAUUCUAUCGCCAUAGCGGUGGUGGGCUUCUCCAUGGGAAUCUCUCUGGCCAAGAUCUUUGCUCUGAAACACGGCUACAGUGUGGAUGGUAACCAGGAGCUGAUUGCCCUGGGCCUGUGUAACUUUGUCAGCUCUUUCUCCCACACCUUCGCCAUCACCUGUUCCAUGUCCCGCAGUCUGGUGCAGGAGAGCACCGGGGGCAAUACGCAGAUUGCGGGUCUGUUGGCGUCCAUGGUGGUGUUGCUGGUGGUGGUGGCCAUUGGUUUUGUCUUCCAGCCUCUGCCACAGACCGCGCUGGCUGCCAUCAUCAUGGUUAACCUGCUGGGGAUGUUUAAACAAUUCAGGGACAUCCCUGCCCUGUGGAGGACCAGCAAGAUCGAGUUGGCUAUCUGGCUGGUAGCCUUUGUGGCCUCUGUGCUGUUGGGCCUUGAUCUUGGACUUCUGGUGGCCUUAGGAUUUGCCAUCCUGAGUGUCAUCUACAGAACACAGAGCCCAAAGAGUGUGAUCCUGGGACAGGUCCUGGACACAGGCCUGUACUGUGACGUGGAUGAAUAUGAAAAAGCAGCUGAAUGCACAGGGAUUAAGAUUUUCCACUCAAACUCUUCAAUCUACUUUGCAAACAGUGACCUUUAUUUGAACGCCCUCAAAGAGAAGACAGGAGUGGACCCCGUACAUCUCCAGGCUAUACGGAAAGCCCGAAAAAGAAAACUGAAGAAGGAGAGCGCAGAGAGGGAGAGCCAAAACCACAAGUCACCACAAAAAAUGAGUGCUGUCGUCAAACUGGAUGUGGAGCUGGGUGUCACUCACGAAGUGGUGGCAGGGGGCGGCUCCCAGAACCACUUGGAGGGGCAGGGGAACGGGCAGGUGGCCGAGACCCACACAGAGUCAGACUCUGAGGAGACCCGGUUCCUAGAGCCCCUCUGUCCUGUCCACACCCUCAUUCUGGACUGGACCCCCGUCAACUUCAUCGAUUCUGUGGGAGCCAAAGCAAUCAAGUUGGUGAUCAAGGAGUAUGCAGCUGUGGAUGUGUGUGUCUUCAUCGCUGGCUGCAGCAGAACUCUGCUGGCUGAACUCCGCACCCUGCAGUUUUUCACCGGGGUCGCGACCCCAGAAAUGGUCUUCCCCACCGUCCAUGACGCUGUAUUGCACAGUCGGCGCCGGACUGCCCCGCCCACCAUCCCUGCCAUCCAAUGACAUUGUCUGACGGGGGACAUCAAGGGGGAGGGGACACAGGGCCACAUGCACCUAAGGCUGCUCUAAAGCCACGUUCACAUUGGCAGUUUGAAGUGACUCAAACCUUUUAUUAUAUAUACACUGCUCAAAAAAAUAAAGGAAACACUUAAACAACACAAUGUAACUCCAAGUCAAUCACACUUCUGUGAAAUCAAAC